UAAUAUCAAUAGUACCCUACAUAAGUUAUAAAUUGGAAUUCUAAUAAUUCUAUUUAAUAAAUCAAAUUUGCGUUCUAACUAACAUUUUAAAAUGUCUAUUGUGAUAUCUAUUGUUUAGAGGAGAUUUGUGUUCAUUUGGUUUAUUUAAAAAGUAUUUUGCAAUAUAUUUUCUUUAGCGGUUUAAUUUCUUAUCAAUUUUUAAAAAUGACCUCAAAUGAGGUGUUGACCCAGUUUCAGAAUUGUCGAUUGAUAAGAAAUCAUCAACUUAUUAUAGAGGACCUCUGGAUUCGAAAUGGGAAAAUAAUUAAUCCCGAAAAAGUUUUCUUCGACGAAAAACGUGCAGCAGAUAUUAAGUACGAUUGCAAAGGCUGUAUAAUAGCACCAGGUUUUAUUGAAUUGCAAAUAAAUGGUGGAUACGGAGUUGAUUUUUCUCAUGAUGUUGAUACGGUUGAAAUAGGUAUUGAAACAGUUGCUAAGGGUUUGCUGUCAACUGGUGUUACCUCUUUUUGUCCCACGAUUGUAACGUCACCAAAAGAGACUUAUCAUAGGAUUUUACCUAAAAUAAAAAAGAAGCAAGGCGGAAAGCAUGGUGCUACUAUUUUAGGAAUUCACCUUGAAGGCCCGUUUAUUAAUCCCAACAAAAAAGGAGCACAUCCUGAAAACUUCAUUCUUGAUUUCGACCAUGGAUUCAACGAGAUUCUUGAAACUUAUGGAUACCUUGAAAAUACAAAGAUUAUAACAUUGGCACCAGAAAAGAAAAAUUCGGAAAUAUUAAUUAAAGCCUUAAUUAAAAAGGAUAUCACAGUUGCGCUAGGACAUUCCAUGGCAAAUCUCUCUGAAGGCGAAAAAGCAGUUGAAGCUGGUGCCACUUUAAUAACCCAUUUAUUUAACGCAAUGCUGCCUUUCCAUCAUAGGGAUCCUGGUUUAGUUGGGCUAUUGGCUUCAGAUAAAAUCUUAAAUGAACCUCCCAUAUAUUUUGGGAUAAUAGCAGAUGGUGUACAUACUCACCCAUCUGCUGUAAGAAUUGCCCAUCGUACAAAUCCUAACGGAUUGAUAGUUGUUACAGAUGCUAUUUCUGCUAUGGGAUUGGAGGAAGGUAUACAUCAUAUAGGACAACUUGACCUUGAAGUAAGGAAUGGUAAAGCCUACAUUGCCGGAACAAGUACAUUAUGUGGUAGUAUUGCAACCAUGGACGAGUGCGUUAGAAUUUUGCAAAAAUUUACUGGGUGUUCUUUAGUUUACGCCCUCGAAACUGCUUCACUUCAUCCAGCUAAGUGUCUUAAAAUCGAUGAUAAAAAAGGUACUUUAAAUUACGGUUCCGACGGUGAUUUUAUAUUUUUGAACGAUAAUCUCGAAAUUCUAUCAACUUGGAUUGCAGGAGAAUGUGUGUUUAUUUCGAAACAAAAAGACAACAUCUUGAAACAAGAAUUUGAAAAAAUUUCUAAGGUUAAUUCAUAAGAAAUAUUUACUAUUUUUUAACAUUGCAUUUUUUAAAUUUGUGUUCCUUGGAAAAUUUUAUAUUUUAUACAUAAAUGUUUAUAUUUUUAAGUACAUAUAUACAUUUUAUACAUA